AUGGAUGUUGUCAUCAGGCAAAUAGUGGAAGAAAUCAAGCAAGACAUUAUAGAGGCUUGUGAGCUGAAACUGGAUGAGCUCAUACACAAGUACGACAGGGAGCUGGAAGAAAUUAACAACAAGCUUGAUACGCUUGUGAUGUAUGCAAGAUUUGACAAUCUUGCUGAUGAAGAUGCUCGUCCAUUUGGCUAUCUCAGGAGAGACUGGACUGAUGGAGGAGAUACGAAGAAGAUCUGGAAUUUGAUUCUGGAAUCAAAAACCAAAAGAAAACCUCAGUUUCGUCCCAGCCGCCCUCUCAAAUACAUCAGCAUCACUCCCUGCCGCACCCGCAAAAUUAAUCCAUCGCCGGUACCAAAUCUCGCUAAGAUUUUCGUAUCACCUGCAGUUUCGGCGAAUAUCCGAUUUUCUUCUUCGCUUGGGCCUUCGAUCACCUGCAAUUUCAUCCGUUACCGCUUAAAGUCUCGCAUGCUGGUGGUAGUAAGAGGAAUGCAAGUAGAGAUCGUCAAAUGGAUAGAAUAUUAGAGCACCUACCUCAAGGCCAAGAACGUGUUGCUAUUUUAGGUGUUUCAUCAAAGAUAUUGACUCAUCGUAAUGUGAAUUUUGGUAUUGGGAAAGUAUUAGGGGUUAAGCAUUCCAUUAGUCAUGUGAAUUUUGGUGGCUCUUUUAAUAAUGUGUCUUAACAA